CCUUUUGAAACUAACGAUCCCUCCUCCAAGUUGCAGUUAAGUUCCUCCUAUUUUUAUCCAGCUCAAAACCAGCAGUUCACAUUGAAACUCCCGGUAUGCACAUUUGCCAAAGUGUUACAUCUGCACAGUCUCUAGAUGUUAGACAAAAACAUCACUUGGAUUUCUUCAAAAGCUCAUUGAUGAUUUACUGUACUAAAUCACAAUGGAAAGUUGCACCAUGGAGAACAACUUAAGCCUAGAAACAGAAGAAAAUUCUUAUCUCUGUUUUCAGAGAACACCAUCUUUCAGACGCAAAUGGAGAAAACGUUAUGGAGGGCUGGAUGGAAACAAACUACUGGAGCCAAAUAAGGAUGACGAUGCCGGAGAGAACGGAGAGAUGAAAGAUACCCUCCCAAAGAGGAAUGCCAACCAUGUCAUUUUGACAGGAUCUCAGGAAACAAAAACAGCAGGGAACAUCGCACAAAUCGUGCCACGAAAUACCUUUCCAUCCCAGAGGCCAGCCAAAUAUGUUCCCUCAGGAUCCAAAGGUUUGUCAUCCUUCAUGAGCGCGAGCAAUGGAGUUGUAAAACAGACAGCACCAGAGCCGGACAAACUUAACUCCUGCCAACCAUGGCAAAACUCUGGCCGACAAGAAGCAAUGCAAGGUCAUUUCAAGAAAAAAGUGGCUGCUGAUGUUCUGUUCGAUAGCUUUGCUUCUGGUGGAAGAGUCAGUGCCAAUCAGUUUUUUGAGGCCCUGUGGAGCUCAGGAAUCAUCCGAACAGACCCGCGGAUUAAAGACUGCUACAGUCUGAUGCGCAAGCUGCAGGAAUCAGACGGAGCCGUUGACAGAAGCACCUUUCAUAGGUGCGUGACCGGCUUUGUGUCUUUUAUUUUAAAAGCAUUGCAGGGAAGAUUUGUUAUACCAGAUUUCUCAACCUUUACGGAGGAAACGCAGAAGUUAUUUAUUAAAUGCAAGCAGCUGUCUUCUGUAAAGGAAAAAGAGGAUCUCAAAGGAGGCAUGAAAUGGGGGAUUUCAAUCUGCACAGUGGAUGGGCAGAGACUUUCCUUAGGAGACUGGGCGGAACCUUGUGUCCUCGGAGAGAUAUCCUGGCCUCUCAUAUACGGCCUCGCAGUGGACCAGCAUGGAGCCGACUAUGUGCACAGAUUUGUUGGGAUGGAGGAAUACUCCAAAUAUGAGUCACCAUUCACCCUGACCAAGCAAGGUGUACCUCAUAGUCCACUUAUAGAGACAGGUGCCAUCAUCAGCACAUCUUUAUUACAGCUGUCAAGCAGACCCAUCACUGAAGAAGAAGAAAAAUACGAGUCUGUUUUGAAUAUCAUCAGGAGACUGUGUAACAAAGAGCAUGCCAGCUUAAACUGCACGAGUUAUCAAAGUCUGCGAAAGGACAUUAUUCGCCUUCAUGCGCUUUCAUUUUACUUGCAAGAGAAGAAAUGCUUUCCUGAAGGUGUGGGAAUCAACUCAACAUUGGAUUUACUAUUACAGUGUUUAUCGACAGAAGUCACCUGCGAGUCUGGUGCAGCUCUGGCGGCGACUCUAGCCAAUGGCGGCCUGUGUCCGCUUUCAGGUGACCAAGUACUGUCCCCACCUGCUGUCCGCUGUACCCUUUCCAUGAUGCAGGUGGCUGGCAUGAAUGAUUACUCCAGAGCUUUUCAUUUCAGGACGUCUGUGCCGGCCAAGUCGAGUCAGUCUGGUGUUGUGCUGUUAGUGAUUCCUGGAGUCCUGGGACUCAUGUGUUGGUCACCCGGGCUGGACUCUAAUAGGAAUUCUUGGAGGGGUGUCCAUUUCUGCGAGGAGCUGGUGUCAACCUUCCAGCUGCACAGUUUUGACAUCAAGACUUCUUUCAGGCAGAUGUUGUCCUACAGACAGUGGAAGGUGGAGUCAGAGGGAUACCAAAUCAUGAAUGUUCUCUUGGCUGCUUACAGAGGAGAUAUAGUGUCUUUGCGCAGGUACCUUCUCUCAGGGGCAGAUGCGAAUGCUGUGGAUUAUGAUGGACGAUCUGCGCUGCACGUCGCCGCUUCAGAGGGACAUCUGGACAUCAUCAAGUUCCUGGUGGAGAAUGCAGGUGCAAACUGCACACUUAAAGACAGGUGGGGUAACACAGCCUUACAAGAGGCCGUGAGAUGCAAUCAAGACCCUGCCAUCCAGCUUCUAAGGAAAUACAAAGAUUAUGAAGAGAGUUUGUGAUGCCUACAUUUAGCCUUGAUAUUUACAUUUUAGGUACACAUGACUAAUUAUAUGAAUGAAGAGGAGGUUAUAAAGAGCAAAGGCUUUAUGGAAAACAUUAGUCAUUAUUGUGUAUUCUGCUGGCAACAGUCCCAGUUAACCACUCGCUGCUUAUUGGGAAUGACUGAAUGAAACUUUGUUUCUUUAAUAAAUGCUUAU